UGUGUGUGUGUGUGUGUGUGUGUGUGUGUGUGUGUGUGUGUGUGUGUGUGUGUGAACUGCUCGCAUGUGUGUGUUAAGAGGAGUUUUGUGUGUUUUCCUGAGUGGAGCUGAAGUGCAGCCGUUGAUCAGUGGAUCUGACUGCAGACGGGGAAUACUCUGCGUUUUAACCCACCAGCUGCUUUCUGGGCCAGACUGGGACUCUACCGCUGCUCUCUUUCUGCCCUCCAGGCACCGUUCCCAUACUGGAAUUACAGCUUUAGCAAUUUUUUUCCACCAAUUCCUAAAAAAAUAAGAGGACCUUUUACAAGAACUUCUACCUGCUUCAGACCAGUUUCUGGACUCUCAGGUUUUUACACUUCACCUGAUUCUGGAAACUUCCUCAGUGAACAUGCUAAAGCUUGAGAAUGGGUGUUUUGGAGGCAAAUAAGAAGAUCUGAGUGAGAGUCUGUGGAUGAGUCUGGACUGAGUUUAACCAGGAAGGUUUGCCUCUUUCUGUUUCUUCUGCACUGCGAUGGAAAAAAACUGAGAAGUUGAGUGAAAUGGCAGCGUAACAAUGGAAACCGUCAGCAGUGUCAGAAGCUCGCCGGGCUCAGGUGGAUGCUGAUCCCGACCUGGAAUGUUCUAAACUCUUGUGGAAUUUGGUUCCCCUGGAAACGGACAGACAGGUGUCCGUGUGCGACGUUUUCUGGCCCGUCUCUGAUGUGAGAGGUGAACUUGGUCGUCCUUCAGCGGAGCAGGAUAAAGAUCAUUACUGGAGCCUUUAGAGGAAGACCGGACAUGAACUAGGAGCUCUGUUAGAAAUAUAUAAAGCGUAUGUGAAUAAACUGCUCAAUAACACCAGCGUUGGGCAUUAAAAAAGACAAACAAGUCACUGAUUUCUGAACUAGAAGGAGUUUCCUGUGAGCGUUCCACGAUGAUGACCAUGAUGAUGAUGAUGGUGGCCAUGAUGGUCACCUGCAGCUCUCUCUUCCUGCUGGGUUUGGCGGCUGCUCACGCCUCCUCCAGCACCGUGACCCGAACCUCCUCCUCAUCUUCAUCCUCCUCCUCUUCCUCCACCUCCUCCUCAUCCUCCUCACCACGCAUGAAGCUUUCAUACAAAGAGCUGCAGCAGUUCCACGGUGUCCGGCGGUUCGAGCUGGAGCGUUCCUGCUGCUUCAGCGCUCUGCUGCUGGACGAGGAGAGAGGUCGACUCUUCGUAGGCGCCAAGAACUUCCUGCUGUCGCUCUCUUUGGACAACAUCGCCAAGCAGGAACACAAGAUCUACUGGCCGGCCCCCGUUGACUGGAGGGAGGAGUGUAACUGGGCUGGAAAGGACAUCACUUCCGACUGUGUGAACUAUGUGAAGAUCGUGCACCACUAUAACCGAACCCAUUUAUACGCCUGUGGAACCGGAGCCUUCCACCCAACCUGUGCCUUUGUGGAGGUGGGCCACCGGAUGGAGGACCAUGUGUUCAGGAUCGACCCCUCUAAGGUGGAGGACGGGAAAGGGAAGAGUCCGUACGAUCCCCGACAUAACGCUGCAUCUGUGCUUGUCGGUGAUGAGCUCUACGCCGGCGUGGCCACAGACUUAAUGGGACGAGACUUCACCAUCUUCAGGAGUCUGGGAAAACGUCCCUCCAUCCGGACGGAACAGCACGACUCCCGCUGGCUCAACGAACCGAAGUUUGUUGGUUCCUUCUGGGUUCCUGAGAGCGAGAACCCCGAUGACGACAAGGUGUUCUUCUUCUUCCGGGAGACGGCGGUGGAGGCUCAGGGCUUGGGGAAGUCCACCUACUCCCGGAUCGGACAGCUGUGCCGGAAUGACAUGGGUGGUCAGAGAAGUCUGGUGAACAAGUGGACAACGUUCCUGAAAACCCGUCUGAUCUGCUCGGUGCCGGGAGCCGACGGCAGCGACACCUACUUCGACGAGCUGCGAGACGUCUUCCUGCUGCAGACCCGAGACAGGAAGAACCCUCUGGUCUACACCGUCUUCUCCACCUCCAGCAGUGUGUUUAAAGGCUCGGCCGUGUGUCUCUACUCCAUGAACGACAUCCGGAGGGCCUUCCUGGGGCCCUUCGCUCACAAAGAGGGACCCAACUACCAGUGGGUCCCCUUCCAGGGAAAGGUUCCAUAUCCCCGUCCAGGAAUGUGUCCCAGCAAGACGUUCGGCAGCUUCGAGUCCACCAAGGGUUUCCCAGACGACGUGAUCCAGUUCGCCCGCCACCACCCUCUGAUGUACAACCCGGUCUACCCGAUGAGCCGCAGACCCGUCUUCGUCAGAACCAACGUGGACUACAGCUUCACCCAGAUCGCUGUGGACAGAGUGAGCGCUGCCGACGGACAGUACGACGUCAUGUUCAUCGGCACAGACAAAGGGACAGUUCUGAAGGUGAUCAACGUCCCCAGAGAGAGCUGGAACAACAUGGAGGAACUUCUACUGGAGGAGCUGGAGGUCUUCAAAGAUGCCUCAUCCAUCAUCAACAUGCAGAUCUCCUCAAAACGGCAACAGCUGUACGUGGGCUCCGACCACGGCCUCGCCCAGGUCCCCCUCCACCGCUGCAGCGUCUACGGCAAAGCCUGCGCCGAGUGCUGCCUGGCCAGAGACCCGUACUGCGCCUGGGACGGGACGUCCUGCACCCGCUACCUGCCCAACACAAAGAGACGUUUCCGUCGCCAGGAUGUCAGGAACGGAGACCCCAACACCCUUUGCUCCGGAGACCACCACAAGCACCGCGUUGCAGAGAGGAAGCUCUACGGAGUCGAGGGAAGCAGCACUUUCUUGGAGUGUAUUCCCAAAUCCCUCCAGGCCAGAGUCACCUGGACCUUCCAGAAACAUCCGCAGAACCCACGAGAAGAGGUUCGUCUAGACGACCGCAUCCUCCAGACGGACCGAGGUCUUCUGAUUCGUCGAGUCCUGAAGAGGGAUGUGGGCGUCUACCAGUGCCACGCCAUGGAGCAUGGCUUCACCCAGACCUUACUGGGCAUCACCCUGGAGGUUGUACCUUCAACGUCAUCCUCCGUCUCCAACCUGCCCUCCGAUGCCUCCGUCCGAUUAGACCCCCGCAGCGGAAGCGGCCCCCCGACGACCAGUCAGAAGCUCUGGUACCGGGACUUCAUGCAGCUGGUGGACCACCCCAACCUCAGCACGGUCGACCAGAUUUGUGAGCAGGUUUGGGCACGCAAGAACGCCGGCGGCGACCAGGGGGAUAAGAGUUUUCCUGCCGCGGGAAAGGACAUCCCGCCUCUGGGUCCCGCCGUCCGCCCGGCCAACAAGAAGUGGAAACACCUCCAGGAGAUCAGGAAAGGGAGAAACCGCCGGACCCACGACGGGAAACCGAACCCUCGGGCACCUCGCAGUGCAGGAGAGUAACGACGAGGAGGAAGAACGACGUAGAGGGAGACCAGAAAGACUGAUCCAAGAAAAAGAAAGGAGGGUGGAAAGAAACUGAGACCAAGAACUCCUGGAGGUGUUCAUGCAUACAGAAACACACACAUGAAACACACACUCACAACACCUCCUCUAUUGUGUAUAUUAUCUAUGGAUGCCCACUCUAUAUGGAACCCAGCCCCGACCCUCCGGCCAGCCCUGCAUGUGCUGCCGAAAGUCGAAUCUGCACGAUCCCUUUACACCGUUCCUCUAGAAUAGUCGAGCGUACCAGCAGACACGUGGAGAAAACCCGCCUUUAUGUGUCGGGAAAUAACCCACCUGACAUUCCCUUUAACACUGACCGGAUAUGGAAUACGACCACAUCUUUACCUGGUGGAUCUCAGUAUGCUCACUAACUCUCUCCACUCAGAUACAGUUUAGGAUGAACUCUACUUCUCACUUUUCUUUCCUGGUGGUUUUGAAAAACGAUGGAUUUGGUGGGAAGAAAGCGGAGUGACACGACAACUGGAAUAAAGAAAAAGCUACUGGAAACACGAUUUAAAUGCACAAGCAUGCAGACAGAAGCUUUUAAUCGACCCUGUGGUGCUUUUAGUGCACAUAUUUCCACUAUCUUCACUUUUCACAGGUUUUGUGGGCAUAUCAGGCAGCAGAUAGAGACGUCAGCAGCUUUGGACGGCCUGUGGAGGCAAUCAGCAUGUCGCACAACUGGUUUUAUUAUAUUGUAAGUUUCCUUCGGCACAUCGAGGCAUGUCACAGCAACAUAAACCACACACAGUACAAAACAAUGCUGGUGGCCAGAUAGGAUUCUGCUGGUUCACUGGUCCAAACCACUAAGAGGAAGAUGAGAUGUUUACAGAACUCGUGUACAAAAAAAAAUGCAUCCCAGAAAGCAACUACAAGCCUGAAUGAUGAGGCAUCUUUUACAAAAACAAAUAAUCUCAGAAGAAUCAUCCAAAACCUCACCCUAAAAGUUGCUUUAGAUUUUCCGUGUACAAUGUUUUGUGCGUUAACUUUAACCCUCCUGCCGUCUUCAUUUACCAAAAAAUGCUGUUUCCUUGUCUGAAAUAAAUCCAAAAAUUCAGCAAAAAAUUCCCCAAAUUUCAGAAAAUUUGCAAAACCUUCAAGAAGAAAAUUCCAAUAAUUCUUUAAAAGUUUCCCUUAAAAGUUUUAUUUAAAAACAAAAAUCUCCCAAACAAAAAAUUCUAAAAAUAUCUAAAGUGAUUCCAUUAUAUAUCAGUGAAUCUUCUAAUGUUUCACUGGAUUUUGGUUGAUUUUUUUUGUGAAUAUUCUUAAAGAAACAUUUUCUUUCCAACAAAAAAAUUUCAGAAAUUUCCCAAAAAUGUUGUCAGAAGUUUGACUGUGAAAAUAGAUUUUUUUCCCACAUUUUCAAACUUUAAAUUUGCAAAACCUUCAGGAAGAAAAUUCCAAUAAUACCUUAAAAGUUUUAUUUAAAAAAAAAAAUAAUUCUCUGAAUUUAUUUGAAUUCUUGUAAAUAUUUUCAAAAAAUGAGUAAAAAUCUUCCCCCAAAAAAUCCUUAAAAAAAUCUUAAAAAUUUCCCGAACAUUUUCAACAUUUUGGGGAAAUUUUUGAACAUUUUUUUUGUUAAAAAACAAACAAAAAAAAGUUUUAAAAAAAGUUUCUUUAAGAACAUUCACACAAAAAAAAUCGCUGGAUUUUGGUUGGUUUUUUUGUGAAUGUUCUUAAAGAAAAUAUUAGAAGUUUUACUGAUAUAUAUGGAAUCACUAGAUAUUUUUAGGAUUUUUUUGGAAGAUUUUUACUCAUUUUUUGAGAAUAUUUAAAGAGAAUUUUUUGCCAAAAUUGGGGGAUUUUUUAAAAUAAAACUUUUAAGGGAAACUUUUAAGGAAUUAUUGGAAUUUUCUUCCUGCAGGUUUUGUGAAUUUAAAGUUUGAAAAUGUGGACAUCAGAAGUUUCACUGUUAAAAUAUAUAUUUUUUCCACAUUUUCACACUAAAACGGGUCAGGAAAAAUCCCGAACACAGUGGUUUCUGGGUGAGAAGCAGGAAUAAUGACAUGUUCCUGGGCUACAGAUCGGUUUAUAUAUUAGCAUGAUAUUUAUGAGUGAAACUAUGAGUUUAUUGUUUUUUCUAUUCUAAGCGGUACUUCCUUUCUUUUACACUGUUCCUGCAGAUGUCGUUUGUGAUAAUUUGAUAUGCAGAUAAACGAGCAGAUUCCUCACUCGCUGCAGAAAGCUGCUCCUCUGCGUUACCCACAAUGCAUUUCCACUGUUUGCAAAAAAAAAAAAGAAGAGAUAAACCCACCAGACACUGUUUUAAUCACUUCUGCAGUCACUGAUAUCAACUCCUGCUGCUUAACGAUGUCUCUAUGUAAUGGACUAUAAGGUCUUCCUUCUCCAGGUCUUAGUCUGGAUCUUUCUCUGUAUUAUCUGUAGACUUGUUUGUUGGUGUCUGGUGCUAUCAUGGUGUGUGUAGCCUGCCCCCUAGUGUCCGUUGUGUGUACAGAACCCAAACUGUGGUAUGAUACUUUAAUAUAUCCACAUGGAAGAUAGCAAACUGGCCUUGUAAGAUAGAAAAAUGUUGAUUUUGCAAUCAUGAGAUAUGAUUUUUAUGAUGAGCUUCUGGUCUGGUUUGUGUUGCAGCAGAAACUAGACCUGUGAGUGGAUUUUAGAUGUAUGGAAUCAUUGUCGUUGUUAUUUAUAUACCUUCUUUAUAGAGAUGUAAUUAACUGUUUAAACUGAACUGAACUGACUGAUGCCUGUAGAAGGGACACUGCAUUUUGACGCCACGUCCAGGAAAACGAUCCAAAUCUGAACUGAUUUUAGCUGCAGCGGGGCGAUGGGUAAGUUCUGGACUCCUGAGCCGAAGGUCAGAGGUUCAAACCCCCAUGCGGCCGCUCUCGGGCUUUUGGCAAGGCGAUUAACCCUUCUUGCUCCAGGGAUGCCGCAUCAUUGUUGAUCCAAUUGGGAUAUGCGAAAAACAGACUCUCCCUCUGGGGGCUAAUGAAAAAGUAGGAUGCACAUAUGCACCGAUUCCUGCACGUAAACAAGAGCUAGUCGAGUUUAGACGUUGACUUUCAUUCCACGAAAUGAAAGUUUUCUUCUUGGUAGUGACGUCAAACUGUGAGCGUCCCUUUUAAGCCGGCUGCUGUUUUGUGCUUGAAGUUGUAUGACCCUAUGUUAGUGGCUAACGGCUAACGCGUUCGACAGUGGAGUGGUGGAGUGAGAGAAAGAAAGAAAGAAAGAAAGAAAGCACAAUGUUGAAUAUUAUUAUUAUUAUUAUUAUUCCUAUGUAUUUAUGUGCAAAGAUAAGCUGAUAUGUUGUGGUGGAUUUUUAUUUUUCUUAUAAAUGUAGCUUUGUAUCAUUCAUGUUCUGCUGAAAAAGGACUCAUCCUCCAUGUUUUUUUGUACAACGGUGAAACUCUUCCAGUCAGAGUGUUCGUUGUUGAACGGUCUCCAGUUGUUGUAUCCCAGCCAUGUGACGCACCCGCUCAGUGGGAGAGGCUGUGUGUGUGCGUGUGUGUGUGUGAGUGAGUGUGAGAGGUGUGUGUGUGUGUGUGUGCGUGUGAGUGUGUGAGUGUGUGAGUGUGUGAGAGGUGUGGGUUUGGGGGAAAGCAGAGCUGUGUAUUUAGCGGUACAGGUGGUGUGUAGAGCAGGUGGACGGCCAGCGUCAGCACUGGAAUCCUCCCAGCUCUUUGUGAAACGUCAUGUCAGAUUGUUUUUGAUUAACACAAUAAAAAUAUGCAGUUACUUCAUGA